CACCACCUUUUGGCUUCUGUUUCCGGAUCGCUGCAAAUUAAAACUUAACAGCGUUCGGAUCCAACGCCGAUUUUCCAAAAGCGGGGCUAGAACGAUUUUCCCAUCGACGGUUCCUCAUCCUUCGUCCCUCAGCUGCGGCCCUCGCUCGCCCAUCGAUAGCACGAAAUCGCAAUGGUUACCGGCAUAGAAACGGCGGGCUUAGUCCUAGCAGUAUUCCCGGUGUUUGUUCAGGUUCUCGGCGCGUACCUCGACGCGACCAGCAACUUCAGAAACAGAAGAGCUUUGGUGCGGGAGCUGAAGGUGGAGGCCAUCUUGUUUACGAACACAUGUGCGACUCUUCUCGAGGGACUGGUCCCGCCGGAAACCGUGAUGCUACUCUUGAGUGGGAAAGGCUGGGACGACCGGAAGAUCCACAGUUUGCUCAUCGAUCGCAUUGGAGUGGACGCGGCUGGGGUAUUCGUGGAAUCGGUAGAGGCUUUGAGUUUGGCGCUUGAAAAACUCCGUACGAAGCUUGGGCUUGAUGAAGAUAUGAAGUCUGCAGCAGACUUCCGGCCGAAUCGAUGGGACGAAAUCAAACUCAGCUUCAAACAGGGAGAUUUACUUGGCGACAUUAAAACGACGAACGAGAACAUCACACGACUGGCGAAGGUAACCCCGACCACGUUACCAAAACUUGCCCUACAAACUGCGGCGGCGGCGGACAAUUACAAUCGUAUCCGCAACCAUGCCAGAGGACUAUACGAGGUCUUCCGUCAAAGAUUUCAAGUGGCACCUGUCUGCCGGUGCGAUCCACACGAUGCGAGUCCACCAUUGCAGCAGAUUGCAGUAGACACAGCCUCCCGGGAACCGUGCAGAAUCAGGGUGACGUUUUCAAAUCCUCCCCUACGCAACCCGUCGACAUGGACAUGGCGCGAGAUGGAUUUUAAACCAAUCGACGGUCAAGUGGCCAACAGCGCUGAGGGCUCUGUCUGCGGCGGUUUGGGGCAGAGCGGGGAAGCUGGCGGCCAUUGCAAUGGAAAUAUCAAGACUGAAAAUAACCACACUUCGCUCUUCCCGUCGAAAGAGAAACAAAAAGGACUACGAAGGAUUCUUUCACGAGGAAGGAGUGGAAAUGAUACGAAGACUUUCAGCUCGCCGCCAAAAGAGCUUCGGAAUACGCCAAAAGUCUCUUUCAACCUUCCCAACGAAGACACGAAAACACCGAGCACAUUCACCCCCGAUCUCGCACAAAGAAUAGAGGACUUGUGUGGCGAAAUCGACCGAGCAAAGUCGGACUCUACCUACCUAGGCGUCCUGGAGUUCGAUAAAACGUGGCAUCGGCUGUGCACGCCUCAAUCAUCCGCUGCCUGCCGUUACGCCAGAGAGACGAUUUCACUUGAGGAGCUCCUUAUCCGCGGAUAUUUUGACAAGCGGGAACGAUUGAGAUUAGGUGUGCAGCUUUCAUCAGGCUUGAUGCAGCUACACGACACCGAGUGGCUGAACGAAAGCUGAGGGAAACGCGAUG